AAACAUUAUGUGAUGAUGUGUUAGUUUAGUUUUGGUUCCUUCCAAAAAUUUUUAUAAUAUAUAAAUUUCCUGCUAGAAAUGAGUAAGAAAACCCUCACGAAAGAAGAAAUAAGAAGCAAAUUAGAUGGAAAUGAGCUUGAUUUGAGUUUAAGUAAUCUUGCGAAAGUCCCAGUUCGCGAAAUAGCAUCAUUAACAAAAGUUACUUCGCUUGAUUUAUCAUGUAAUAUUUUAACAAUAUUACCGGCAACAUUCUCCAUGUUGACACAGUUAACAAAACUAGAUCUUAGCAAAAAUAUGCUGACAGAAUUACCAGAUGAUUUUGGUCGACUUGUUAACAUAGAAAAACUUGACUUGUAUUGCAAUAAGUUAACAGAGAUUCCUGUCAGCUGCUAUCAACUCAAGAGGUUGAAAUGGCUAGAUUUGAAAGAAAAUCCAAUUCAAACACUAAUGCAUGAAGUUGUUGGAGAUUGUCUCAACCCUAGCGAUUGUAGGCGUUCAGCAGAAAAUAUGAUUGCAUAUCUUAAGGCAAAGAAUUCAGAGGAGGAAAGAAUUCGACAGAAAAAAUUAAAAGCUCAGAGGCAAUUGGAAAAAGAGAAAAAAGAGGCAGAUGAAGCAAUUGCUACCAAAGAGCGAGAACUACGAAAACGUCAAAAACUUUUAGAAAAGGAAGAAAGACGGGCAGCUUUUGAAGAAAACAAAGAUUACUGAAAGAGCAAGAGAAAGAAAAGAAACAACAAGAAGAAUCUUUUGAAGAACAUUCCAGUACAGUUGAAAUUAAAAAGACAGGUCAUUCUUCAUGUUUUUUCUUCAUGAUUGCUGUUUUGGUUAUAUCAGUGGUGUUUUAUAUAAUCAUGUGUUCUUCCAAAGACUAUAUAAGUUCAAAAAUUUUAUGAAAUGAAACAAAGUGGUUAUAUUACCUGUUAAAUAAAUAAUUUUAUAUUUGUACCAGAAAAAUAAAUGGUAUAUUUUGA